UAUUGCCUCUCUCCCUACCUCUUUUUCCUCCAGCAAAAAGAAAGUAUACCCAGCUAGCAAAAAUCGGCCGCCACAGAAAUGGAGGGUCUCAUCCCCAUGGUCUACAAGGCAAUCAAGAAAACUAGAUUUCGCCGGCAAUACAGCCACCUCUCCUCCGAGGCAGCUCAAACCUACAAUAUAGCCGACUUCUACACCACUGACCAGAGCCACCUGUACAAGAUGUCUUCAUCAACCGAAAAGAUUGGUGGCUUGCAUAUCGAGAGCAACGGUCACCGGCGACACAAGUCCGCCGGAGCCUUUUCUGUCGGGUUCUCGCCGGCUGAAGAUACGAGAAUGGAAUUUGCACGCCCUCCUCCCAACCCCAAGCAACUUGUGCGGUUUAGGAGCCAUAGACUCUUCUCAUGUGUUUCUGGUGCCUAGAAAUGCAAUAUCCCCCCUCUGGGUACCCAUGUAAUUGUCACAAAUUAAUAUCCUUGUCUUCUUCUUCUUCUUUUUUAUAGAUUUGUUUGUUAAAUUCCCUGCAAUUAGAGGGAGGA